CUCCAAUUCCAAGCUCCCCCCCUUUCCACCAAAACCCUGCGCCGAUUCCUUCCUCGCCGCCGUAUCCAACUCCGCCCCCAACCCCUCGCCCGCCGCAGCAACCUUCCUCUUCCUCCUCUUCCUCUCCCACCACCGCAAUUCCGCACCGCAAUCGCUCCUCCCGCCGCUCUCCUCCGCCGCCCCGCAGGCCGCAGCAUUCGGCUCACCCAGCCCUAGGCCGCCGUCCCGUGUUGCCACCCAUGGCCGGCGACUCGCGCGAGGGGCCGGCGGAGCCAGCGCCGGCGGGUUCUCCUUCUACUACAACCACUACGGCUGCUGCUCCGCCCUCUAUCGCGAAGUACCUGUGGCUGGACCCGGCGGCUGCGGGGGAGCAGCCGAGGCAUCAUUAUCAGCAGCAGCAGACGCGGGUCGGCGAGCUCCGGCGGGCGUUGCAGUCGGGCGACCCGACGGAGGAGCUCAGGCGGUUCCGCGACGGCAUCUUCGAGUCCGGCGCCACGGCCAGGGACAGGGAGCGGUCGCUGCAGGACGCGGUGCAGAGGCUCGACAGGUACAAGAACAUCGUCACCCGCAAGCGCCAGAGGAGCAAUUCUCCUGCUCCUGGCGCUGAGAAGCUUGGGGCAGAUGGGACGCCCUCCUCGGGCUCGUCGAGGGCCAGAGCUCAGAGCAGGAACUCCCCGGGGGCGAUCAUCAAGCGCGUGCGGUCCUCGCUGUUGGACGGACGGAUGGAAGGACGUGGUGGUGUUCCUACAAGACAAGGUCCUGUGCCUAAUAGUAAUGAAAGUAAACCUUUGGAGAAGGAAAAGAUCUGUGCAAGAACAUCUGUUACAUUACCAGGGAUUUCUGAAGACAAAUUACGGGGCUUAUCUACUGGAGGUGAAGGCUGGGAGAAAAAAUUGAAACGCAAGCGCUCUCUGGGAACAAUGCUCAACAGGCAUGAUGCUGAUGGAGUUGUCAAAUCUGUGGGUCAGCAUAAGCCAGCAAAUGAAGCACCUCCGUGUUCUAGUGAUGGCCUUGCACUCAGACAUGGAGCUUCUGUCAGAUCAGUAGCAGGUUGCAAAAUGGAUAGCAGUUCUCGGCAGAAUAAUUUUGGGUCUCGUGUCCUAUCCAAGAUUGUUGUGGAUCAUGUCACUCUGCCAAAUGAAAGAAGAGUGCAGCAUGCUGGACUUGAAAAGGAUUGUGCUGUGAUAAAAGGAAACAAGGUACAUACUUCUGAUAGAAGCUUAAGUCCCUCUCCCAAGACUAAAGCAUGCAGGUCACCAAGAACCAGUUCACUUAUCACGCGCCCAUCAUCUACCCUCCAACGCUCGGCUGGAGGAAGCGAUGAAUGUGAACAAGCACCUUCCUCAAAUAAAGUCUCGCCAUUGAGAAGCAUGGCCAGCCGCAAAUGUUCCAGUGGUUCCACACAUUUAAAUGCUUCCUCACCUAUUUCUUGGGUUGGCCAACGCCCUCAGAAAAUGUCGCGGACAAGAAGAGCAAAUGUAGUUUCUCCAGUCUCAGAUUUUGAUGAUGUCUUAUCUGAUGGAUCUCCACUUGAUACUGCAGCUAGGUUGUCGGAAAGUGGGGUACUGGCAGUUGCCGAGGCCAAGGCCAUGGAAAAAGUUAAGAAUAGUGGUGUGGAGAAUGAGGAUGCAAAUGCAAUCCAUAAUGCAGCAGCAUCAGUUGUUUCAUCAAGUAAAAACAGAGAGCCUUCGAAAGAAGAACUUGAACAUGGCGGUGUUCAUCGUCAGGGGAGGAGUGGAAGAGGUACUAUGAAUGUUAAAGGGCAUGCUUCCAUAUCUGAAGAAAAUUUGGGUGCUACAGGCACAAGAAAACCACUAAAAUGUGGAAGAACUGGACGUGAAAGUAAGGUUGGACGGCCCCUGAUGACUAAAGGUUCUGACCGCAAAGCUUCAGCUUGUCAGGCACAGGCUCUUAAUCGUGACUCUAGAGUUAUAACAGGUGAACCAGAAGUUGACCGAGAGGAGCUUUUAGCUGCUGUAAAUGCUGCUCGCAGUGCUAUCAUUGGUACAUAUUCUAGCCCUUUUUGGAAGGAGAUGGAACCAAUGCUAACUUUCAUAAGCUCUGAAAAUUUGGAUUUCUUAAAACACCAGAUUGACCUUGUGGAAGAGCUUGAGAUGAGCAUGCUUUAUGGUGGACACAAUGUGAUGGCAUCUGCUGACUACAGCAAACCGCAAACGAUGGAGCGUUUGUCUCAGGUGCUGGCUACAUGUAAUUCUUCUCUCUUAUCUGAGCAAAGGAAAACCAAUGUGGUUAGAACAGAAGGACCUAUUGACUGUUCUAUUCCUAGUGAGGAAAACCACAGCAAUGAACCACAAAAUGUAGAAGCCGACGAAUGGUUUCAUGAGAUGGCCCCAAUGGCACAUAGACUCCUUUCAGCUUUAAUUAUAGAAGAUGAUUCUUCUGACUCCAAUCGUGUGCAAAGUGAUAUGCCGAGUAGCCACGUUCUCUGCAGUGCCAACAGAUAUGUAACAAAUGGACUUCAAGUCAGUGACAUAACAUCUAAUUUUGGGCUGAGUGUUGAUUUUACAUGUUCAAACAAUACUUCAAUGGUAAAUCAGAGCCUGUCCAAUGGAUACGCAGCUUCCAGCAAUUUCAUCAGCUCAAACAGUCAAAUUUCGAUCCAGUGUGAGAUUUUGUCAGAUGGAUUCAGUGGUGCUGUAUUCCCAGAAUAUGAGCCUUUGCAUGACUUGAUACCACAGAUUUCACAGCAAUGCCACAAUCCUGGGAAAAGGAUUCCUUCACCUCCUUAUGAAUAUCAAUACAGCCAGAUCUCUGUGAAUGAUAAGAUUUUGAUUGAGCUGGAAAGUAUUGGCAUUUGUCCAGAAACAUUGCCAAAUCUAAACUAUGGAGAGGAUGAGGACAUCAAUAAAAUGAUUUCAGAACUGAGGAGAAGGCUCCACGAUCAGGUGAAGCAAAAGAAAUGUGGAUUACAUAAGUUAGAUAAAGUGAUUCAAGAUACCAAAAAUAUCGAGGAAAGGAUCCUAGAGCAACAUGCAUUGAACAAACUGGUUGAAAACGCACACAGAAAACUUCAGCGUAUGCAAGUUAAUUCCCGCCACAAGUCUGCCAAUAAGGCCGCAAAAGAUCUGGCCUUUGCCUUGGCCUUUGCCAAGCGCACUCUUGCCCGAUGCCAGAAUUUUGAGAGAACAAAGAAAAGCUGCUUCAGCGAACCUUCUCUUUGGAGUUUGCUAUCUGCACCCUUCCCAAGCUGUGAUGCAAAAUCUACUGAAGGUGUUACAAGAUGGAAAAAGGGCAACAGGGAAAGGCACCGCAACAAAGAUGCAUCUGCAAAGGGCUCUGGUCCGAAAUCAGGGCGCCAUUCAUCAGGCACCGGUAGGAGCGGAGAACGUAAAAACAAGACAAAGUCGAAGCAAAAGCUGGUGCAGCUAUCAACCUCUGGCAACUUUCUUGGCAGAGUUGUGGAGUCAUCUUCAACACUGGCAGCGCAGGAGCACCCAGAACCAGCAGGCUCUGCAGGUGCCAGAAUUGCCUGGCGACCAAGAAACGCUCCUGGGAAUGCGGCUCAGCGAUCUACCAAUCCUGCAGUGACGAACUUGCCUGGAUUAGACGACGACAUAUUAGAUGUUCCCGGAGGGCUGGAUGUGCAGGGCAAUGAUUUCAGCUCUUGGUUCCCGGAUGGCCUUGAUGAUUCAUUACCACAGGACGACGAUUUCUCUGGCGCCCUGGAAGUCCCAGACGAUGACCUUACUGAGUUGGGGUUUAUGUAAAAGAACCUCAUUGUCUAUCCUGUCCAUAUUUAGCUGUUAGUUACCCUAUUGCUGAUAUUAGUUCCUAUAGCAAGAAUAAGAUGGUGAUGAUGCCAAUGGCAUCUUAGCUUGCAAUUUUGCUCACUUGCAGUUCUGCCUCCAUUUAUUGUAGUGUGUUGAGCUGUUAUGUAAAACAGCGGUUCUUCCGGAACAACCAAUUUGUUCUUGGAAAGGAAAAUCAAGCAGGAGUUUCUGGCAUAUUUCUCA